CCGGGCGAACUACUCGAGUACUUUCUUCUAUUUUAAAGAGGAGAGAACAAGAAAACCUUGAUUUAAGGGAGACAAUUAUUAAUUCUCCCUUCUUACUUUAUUACAAAACUCAUUUUGGAAUUGAGAUUAGUUCAUUUCUUGAAUUGGGUAUCUGAGUUUUGAAGAGAAGUGGUGGAAUGGCAACUGACUUACUUGUAGGACCAGCGGUUGAAGCAGUGUUUGGGGAGCUACUAAGAGCUGUUUUAAAGGAAGCAGGGAAAGCAAAAUACUUUAAGCCCCAGUUGGAGCAAUUACAAUCCACUUUGGAGAAUAAUGUUUCGGUUAUCCAACAAAUUGAGAAGUACAAUGAAAAAUUGGAUUAUCCGAAGUGUGAAACUCAAUUGAUGAUUGAGAAAAUAAAGGAAGGCGAGCAGAUUGUUCGCAGAUGCUCAACAGUGAAGUGGAAUAUCAUUAAAAAGACUCAUUAUGCUCGUAAACUAAUCAAAAUGAAUAGCUUAAUUGACAGGUUCUUUCAGGUUGAUAUGCAAGCACAACAGACCAGAGACAACAAAGAAAUUCUGCUGGGUAUGAGAGAUCUGCAAAGGUCGUUCACCGCAUGUAAUAGUAAUGGAAGCAUUGGUGUCAAGUUUAGUCGAGAUGGAAUUAUUAGACCUUGUUCGGUGCCUAAUCCUCCGGAGAUGACCCCUGGAUUAGAUGUACCAUUGGAGGAGUUGAAGAGGGAAUUGUUAAGGGAUGGCAAGCAAGUGAUUGUUGUGUCAGCCCCUGGAGGAUCUGGGAAGACUACAUUGAUUAAGAAACUUUGCAAAGAUGCAAAAGUCGAAGCAAAAUUCAAGGACAACAUUUUCUUUGUCACUGUUUCUAAACCACACAAUGUGAAGGUUAUUGUACGGAAAAUGAUCCAGCAUAUGGGUAAAGAUGUGUGUGAGUUUCAAACAGAUGAGCAUGCAAUCAAUGACUUGGAACGUUUGUUGAAGGAAAUGGGUUCACCACCCAUAUUGUUGGUCCUUGAUGAUGUCUGGUCUGGAUCAGAAUCCAUGCUGCACAAGUUCAAGUCCCAAUUGCCCAAUUACAAGAUUUUGGUGACUUCAAGAUCUGUAUUCCCAAAACUUGGUUUUGAAUAUAAUUUAAAACCAUUGAGUGACGAAGCUGCUGAAACACUUUUCCGUUAUACAGUGGGUGGAGACUCAUACGUUGGAGAUAAAAAGCUUGUCAAUAAGAUAUUGGGAGUCUGUAAGGGAUCUCCACUAGCCCUUACUGUAGUUGGUAGAUCACUCUGUGGGCGGUCUGCAGCAGUCUGGAAAAGUAGAGUGAAGGAAUGGCAGGAUGCAACUAUUUUCCAUUCUAACACUGAUUUGCUUGUUUGUCUCCAAAGCAGCUUGGAUGCCUUAGAUGAUAAGCUCAAGGAGUGUUACAUGGACCUUGGUUCUUUUGCUGAGGACCAUAGAAUUCCUGUCACUGCCCUCAUCGACAUGUGGGUGGAAUUGUAUAAAAGGGAUGAAGAUAAUCUUUAUCUCAUCCUUAGUGAUCUCUCUGACGUAAAUCUGUUUGAUCUAGUGGUGACCAGUGAUGAUGGCUCCUACAAUGAUCACUUUGUUUUACACCAUGAUCUUCUCAGAGAGCUAAUUAUCCAUCAAAGCUUAUUAGAACCAGUAGAAAAGAUGAAAAGACUAUUCAUAGAGAUAAGUGGAAACAAUUUUCCUCCGUGGUGGUUGGAACAGAAUCUGCACCCAGUUAAUGCCCGUCUCUUGUCAAUCUCCACAGAUGAAACAUUCUCAUCCAGUUGGUAUGACAUCAAAGCACCUGCAGUUGAAGUUGUAGUUCUAAAUGUUCGAACAAAGGAGUACACCAUGCCAAAUUUUAUGGAGAAGAUGGAAAAAUUGAAGGUCUUGAUAGUCACAAGUUGUGGAUUCCUUCCUGUUGAAUUAAGUAACUUUCAACUUCUUGGUUCUUUGUCAAAUCUAAAGAGAAUUAGAUUGGAGCGAGUUUCAAUUUCCUUUGACAUGACAACGAUACAAAUGAAGAAUCUGCAGAAGUUAUCCUUGGUUUUAUGCAAUGUGGGUCAGGUUUUUAGUAAUUCUACCUUCCAAAUUUCAGAUGCAUUUCCAAAUUUGAAGGAGAUGGACAUUGACUAUUGCAAUGAUCUAGAGGCACUGCCUGAUGGGGUAUGUGAUAUUGUCUCCCUAGAAAAUCUCAGCAUCACCAAUUGUCAUAAGCUGUCCCAACUGCCCGAAGGGAUUGGCAAGCUGGUAAACUUAGAGGUGCUAAGGCUUGCUUCUUGUACUGAUCUGGAAGCAUUGCCAGACACAAUUGGGGACCUAACCAAUUUAAGACUUCUUGAUAUAUCUGAAUGUCUAAGCAUCACAGAAUUGCCAGUACAGAUUGGUGAGUUAUACAGAUUAGAAAAACUUUUCAUGAGAGGCUGCUGUAGUUGUGAUCUACCCACAUCAAUUACGAAGCUUAAGAAUUUGGAGGUUGUGCGAUGCGAUGAAGAGACAGCUUAUAAAUGGGAAGAAGUAGAGGCCUGUUUCACAUAUCUGACAAUAGAAGUGCCUAAAGAAGAGAUAAACUUAAAUUGGCUUUACAAAUAAUAUUUGUCAGAAAUUUCAAGCAAUCCUCACGCUCUGUUGAGAAUAUGGCUCAGCUGCUGAUUUGGUCAAGGAUUGCUGCUAAUGUGUUGUUGCUGAUUUGGUGUUGAAAGUUGUUAAAGGUGUGUGUUUCCAGAUUCAAGUCUUUGAAAUAGUGCUGGUCAUGUGCUUGUUUUUAGGAGUAUGUUAUUUCAAUAGUGGAUAAGCUGUUAGUGGAGUCGUGUUCAGUUUUUUUAGCAAGUUUGUUAAAGUAUUUCUAUUACAAAAUCUUGUAUAUAUUUGCUGCUGAUUCAAUAAAGAUUUGUGUGAGUUUGCAGUCUCUCUUAAGUCAUUUUUGCAUUCUCUCUCUUCAG